CCUCUGGCCCUGCCCAUGUUUUGUAUGUCUCUGUCCAUCCAGCUCCUGACGUUCAAGUUUGCAGGGACGUCACGUCCGCACUUGAACUUGCUGCUCAGGGGGGCUUUUGCCAUUUUUUUCAUUUCUCUCCUUCUCUCUAUCUCUCUCCUUUUUUUUCACCCCCCUUUCCAAAAAAAGAAGAAGAGGAAAAAAAAAGAGCCAUGACGGCUGUCCCACAAUUCAUCUUCUCUGCACCAUCUUUGUAUUAUUUCUAAUUUAUUUUGGAUGUCAAAGGCAUUUGAUGAAGAUAUUUUCUCUGGAGUCUCCUUCUUCCUAACCCCGCUCUCCCGAUGUGAACCGAUCUCUCACCAGCCACCUACCAACCACCACCACCACCACCAUGUCUCGCCGCAAGCAAGGCAAACCCCAGCACUUCAGCAAACGGGAAUACUCACCCGAACCUAUCGAAGCCAUUCUCACAGACGACGAACCAGACCACAGCACAUUAGGAGCUGGAGAAGGGGAUAAUGACCUCCUUACUUGUGGCCAGUGUCAGAUGAACUUCCCAUUGGGGGACAUACUUGUUUUUAUUGAGCACAAACGGAAACAAUGCAAUGGCAGCCUUUGCUUAGAAAAAGCUGUGGAUAAACCGCCCUCGCCCUUGCCAGGCGAGGUAAAGAAAGCAUCCAAUCCCGUGGAGGUUGGCAUCCAGGUUACGCCGGAGGAUGACGAUUGUUUGUCAACAUCUUCUAGAGGAGUUUGUCCAAAGCAGGAAAAUGCAGCAGGUAAAGAUGAGCCCAGCAGCUAUACGUGUACAACUUGUAAACAGCCAUUCUCAAGCGCUUGGUUUCUCUUGCAACAUGCACAGAACACCCAUGGCUUCAGAAUCUACUUGGAAAGUGAACAUGGCAGUCCACUUACACCCCGGGUAGGCAUUCCUUCAGGACUGGGUGCAGAAUGUCCUUCACAGCCACCACUCCAUGGAAUUCAUAUUGCUGACAAUAAUCCCUUUAAUCUAUUGAGAAUCCCUGGAUCAGUAUCAAGAGAGACAUCUGGUCUCACUGAGGGCCGCUUCCCACCAACACCCCCUUUAUUUAGUCCCCCUCCAAGACAUCAUUUGGAUCCUCAUCGCAUUGAACGUCUUGGUGCAGAAGAAAUGGCUCUCGCUACACAUCACCCGAGUGCCUUUGACAGGGUUCUGCGACUUAACCCCCUAGCUAUGGAGCCACCAGCUAUGGAUUUUUCUCGGAGACUUAGAGAGUUAGCCGGAAAUACUUCCAGUCCCCCUCUGUCUCCCAACCGGCCAAGCCCUAUGCAAAGGUUGCUACAGCCAUUCCAAUCGGGCAGCAAACCACCAUUUUUGGCAACUCCACCCCUCCCUCCUCUUCAGUCAGUUCCUCCUCCCUCUCAGCCUCCAAUGAAAUCUAAAUCUUGUGAGUUUUGUGGGAAAACAUUCAAGUUUCAGAGCAAUCUAGUAGUACAUCGUAGAAGCCACACUGGAGAAAAACCAUACAAAUGUAAUCUUUGUGAUCAUGCAUGUACACAGGCCAGUAAACUGAAGCGUCACAUGAAAACACACUUGCAUAAAUCUUCCCCUAUGACUGUUAAGUCAGAUGAUGGUCUUUCUACAGCAAGUUCUCCAGAGCCCGGAACAAGUGAUUUAGUUGGUAGUGCUAGCAUUGCCCUGAAAUCUGUAGUAGCCAAGUUUAAAAGCGAAAAUGAUGCUAAUAUGAUUCCAGAGAAUGGUGAAGAGGAGGAGGAGGAGGAGGAAGAAGAAGAGGAAGAGGAGGAAGAAGAGGAGGAGGAGGACUUGACAGAAACAGACAGUAGGCCAGAUUUUAGUUUUGGCCUUAACCUUGAAGCUGCUCGUCACCACGAAAAUAACUCUAGACCUGGAGAGGAGAAUAGAUUGAUGCCUGAUGUAAUGCAAGGUAUGGGCCUUGGUGCAAUGCAUCAUUUCAAUGAUGCUUUUCAUCAGGUUAUGGUGGAAAAACAUAAAAGAGGGCAUUUAUCUGAACAAGAAUUGCAGAGAGACACUUGUGAUGAAGACUCAGUAGCAGGUGAAUCAGACCGUAUAGACGGUAGCACUGUUAAUGGGAGGGGGUGUUCACCAGGGGACUCUGCAUCAGGAGGCUUGUCUAAAAAAUUGCUGCUUGGUAGCCCAAGCUCUUUAAGUCCUUUUUCUAAACGCAUCAAACUUGAAAAGGAAUUUGAUCUACCUGCAGCAGCUAUGCCUAACACAGAAAAUGUUUACUCCCAGUGGCUUGCUGGCUAUGCUGCAUCUAGGCAGUUAAAAGAUCCAUUCCUCAGUUUUGGAGACUCCAGACAAUCACCUUUUGCCUCUUCCUCAGAACAUUCAUCUGAAAAUGGCAGUUUACGAUUCUCCACCCCUCCAGGAGAAAUGGAUGGAGGAAUUUCAGGCCGUAGUGGCACAGGAAGUGGAGGAAGCACUCCCCAUAUUAGUGGUCCGGGGCCAGGAAGGCCUAGUUCAAAAGAGGGCAAGCGCAGCGAUACUUGGGGAAAAUACAGCAACUUUAAAUCUAAGGACAGAACACUCAAAUUUAUAUGGCAAGAAGUCUGAAAAGUUAUGCAAAAGUAUUAACAAAUAUGCAUACCAAUUUGGGCAGAACUAAAAAUCACGUCUAGCUUUGAUGAAGAAGGAGAAGAAAGAAGAACUACUUGCUGAUAUGACCAGGCCAGAUAACUGUAAUUGGGGGAAAAAAAAUCUUCAAAAAGCUCUUUGUAUUAAAAUGGCAGCUGAAUACUAGUGGCCAAGUUACCAGGAAGUGUUGCUGAAAACAAAUGGCUUUCCUGUAACAACUUGCCUGUUAAUAAAGGUUAUAGAAGAAAUCUGUUUUCUGAAUCACCUUUCAAUGCCGUUUUAAUGCAAGUGGCCAGUAAUGUAGGAAUGGUUGUAAAGAUUUGAUUAAGGUCUUUAAAAAAAAUGUGUAUGGAAACUGAAUUUAAAUUUUUUAAUUUUUUAUUAUUCUGUAAUGGCAGUUACAUUUUACAUUUGCAGACAAAAAAGUAAUUAUAACUUCACAUCAAAUUGGACUGCAAUAAAGCAAAAUAUAUUUAUUGGGCAGAUUUGUAUUUUUACCUUCUUCACCUAUGUCAGGCUUUGCAAAACCCUGGUUUAAGAGAUAAUAUACAGUACUGCCUCAAUAACUGGAGCUUUAAAAACUAGUCAACAAGAACAUAACUUACAAAUGACAUGUUGUACUCUGAGCUCUACAGAAAAAAAAUAGUAAUACAAAGUGUGACAUUUUAUAACAGUGUGAUAAAUUAAUGGUGUUAUAAAAACCAUGAACCAUUGAGGCCUUUUCAAGUUUGUUAGAAUUCUGCACCAGAUUUAUAUGGCAUCCAUAAUGUGUUCUUAAACUGCUGUAAAAUUCCAUGCAAGCAUGACCCAGCAUCCAGAGAAACUUUUAUAAAUAUAUUUCUAUGUUGGAAAAAUAUGAAACUGCAAAAAGGAAAAAAAAAAAUCUGUGGUUAAUAUUAACUAUUCAUUUAAAUAUUUUCAAGGCCUACCUGUAUAAAACUUUUAGCACAGAAACAGUCACUGUAAAUCAUUUGCUGUUAAUACAAUAAUUUAAAUUAUUUGUGAAAAAUUAUGCUUGGUGAUAAAAAAAAAAAAAGAAAUACCAGGAUUUUGGCUACAUAUUUUUUCCACUUAUAUGUUUCUAUGAGUUGCAAUAAAUCUAGAAAUAAGA